GGAUCAGCUAGCACCUCUGUUUACGCCUUGCUCGUUUACGUCUUACGUGAUCGGUUGGAAUUUGUGACCGGAUCAGUGAUCGACGGAACCAACCCCCUGCGGCUUGGACGCUUGGUCAUCCAGGAUGGACGGGCCGGCGGUAUUAUCGAUGCCGCCGAUAACCGCGCCCCCAAAAUCGGCACAAUCGCCACAGCCACAGUCGCAUUCGAAAUCGAAUCAGGAGUUGCAGGUGAGCACGGUUUCUCUGUACGGGAUCCACAUCGUGUCCCUGGUGAUCGAGGGCCAGGAGCGGCUCUGCUUAGCUCAGAUCAGCAACACGUUGCUGAAACAGUUCAGCUAUAACGAGAUCCACAAUCGCAGAGUGGCGCUGGGCAUCACCUGCGUCCAAUGCACCCCCGUCCAGUUAGAGAUCCUCCGUCGCGCGGGUGCCAUGCCAGUUUCCUCCAGAAGAUGCGGCAUGAUUACGCGAAGGGAAGCCGAGCGUCUCUGCAAAUCGUUCCUCGGCGACAAUGCACCUCCCAGAUUGCCCGAGGAUUUCGCCUUCUCCGUCCAUCACGAGUGCGCGUGGGGCUGUCGAGGCCACUUCCUCCCAGCUCGUUACAACAGUUCGCGUGCAAAGUGCAUAAAGUGCACGUACUGCGGUCUGUUCUUCUCCCCGAACAAGUUCAUCUUCCACUCUCACCGCAUCGGCCCGUCGUGUAAGUUCGUGCAACCCGACGCGGCGAACUUCAACUCUUGGCGACGUCACAUGAAACUCUCCGGUAACCAGCCCGACGACGUGGUCCACGCCUGGGAGGACGUGAAGGCGAUGUUCAACGGAGGGACCAGAAAGCGAUUGCUCAACAAUCCGUCGUCGAGGGAAUCGCCGAUCCCAGCCAAACGACCCGCGUCUGCUCCUACGAACAAGGUACCAGCCUUGGUUCCGUCGCCCACGCACCCAAGAGUCCCGCCGUUUCCGGAAUUGCCUCUGCCGCUGUCGAGGAGCCUCGUCAUGGACUACAUGUGGCAUCAGCAUCAGCACGUGGCUGCUAUCGCUGCGGGAAAGAUUAGAAAUCCACCCGAUGACGUGGCUCACGCCUGGGAGGACGUAAAGGCGAUGUUCAACGGAGAGACUAGAAAGCGAUUGCUCAACGAUCCGACUUCGAGGGAGUCGCCUAUCCCGUCCAGGCGACCCAGAUCGUACCCCACAGACCAGAUACCCGCUCUGGUCCCGUCUCCCACGCAUCCAAGGGUACCACCGUUCCCAGAAUUGCCUCUGCCGCUGUCGAGAAGCCUCGACAUGGACUACGUGUGGCAUCAGCACCAGCAAGCUGCCGCCGUCGCUGCGGCCAAAACGCCUGGCUUCCCAUUUCCGCCCUAUGCUCUCCCGUGGCUGGCCAAGAGAGGCCCUGUGCUGUUUCCUGGACCUCUACCGCCACCCAUAAGCGGUUCGAGCCCCACGGAACCGCUGAUACCAACGGUAAAUCCAUCGCUGCAUCAGUCCGCCUUUCGCCCUGUCAUCCGUGGACCGCUGAUCGUGGAAUCUGUGGCUCAGGAACAACCAUCGGACGCCUCUGUGACAAACAACGAGGUCAAUUCCGACGACGAGGUGGACAUCGAGACGACGGAAGACGAUCCUGUCACGCCUCUCAGCAUCGUUCAGAAUCUUCAUUCGGCUUCGAAAUCGACCAGCAGCGGUCACAGCGGUCGCAAUUCGCCUCAGUGCUGGAGUCCUCCUCAAGAAACGGAACGAGAAGCCGAGAAAAUAGCCGAGGAAACCUGCGCCUCGACUGUUCGCGAGGUCACCCCCGAACUUCAACCCGCGAGAACUCCCGACAACUGGCAAGGAAACAAUUUCUAUCCGCAUCUGGACGCUGUAAACGGAAACGAGCCGACGGAGAGAACGGGCGCGGAUUGUUCGGCCUGCCGUCCACGAGGAAUAUUUUACGGCCAGAUCCAUAGUCCGCCAGCGUCCACUAAUAAUAAUAAUUAAUCGACGUGGUGGGAGGGGACCCGCGACCAGAACGGAGAAGGAGGGAAGAUCGAGAAAAUGGAUCCAGAGAGCGGGGAGGCAGCCAGAAGUAGCGAGGGUUACUUAAUUAAAAAAAGACAUUGUAAAUUAGAAGUCUUUCGAUUAAUCCUUAGAGGUCUGUAUUACUUUGUAUCCGAUAACAGUCGCGAUUUUAAACUAUUCCGAGUAGUUUAACGUAGCGAUUUGUAGUAUUCGUUUAUUUUAACUUUUUUUUAAAGAAGGAGCAUCGAACAGUAUCUUUUUUAUUUUACGCCCAUUUUACUUCGUUCUAUCUCAAGUAUUAAAUAUAAUUAAGUGCCAACCGCCAUUUCAUUAGAGCGAACUAAAAGUUUCUUCGAUUCUUCUUCCUUCCGUGUUCCUUUCAACAAUUAGUUCACAUUAGCUUAAAUCGUUACGUUUUUUUUUCGUGCUGUAGAUUGUACGUACAAAACAGUUGCGCCGCUACAAAUAUAAAUGUUCGUGUAAUUAAAUUUUCACGCGGUCAAGCGUGACGAAAUUAACGAGAUUUCGAGCGACGCUCAGAAUUUGUAUUUAAAGAAUGUUAAUUAUACAGCGAUAAUUAUUUUUUGUUCUCGUUAUGGCGAACCCGGUCAUACAAGCGCACGUAGUCGCAUUAGAUUUCACAUGUACACAGAAAACUGGUUAUACUAAGCGUGUAAAUGGUAAAAAGUUCAGGUAGAAACAAAUUUCCAAUAUUUAAACGUUCAUCAUACCUAUCCCUAGGAUUAAUACAGAUUUGAUUACCUUUCAAGGUCUAUUAGAAUAUUAUCGAACGAAUCUCUAGCUUCGCAGACACACACAAAAAUUUACCCCCGUUUCUAUUGUAAAUACAAACUGAUUAAUUCCUAGAGUUGAUUCGCUACGAAAAUUUAUUACAGUAAAUAAAAUCGAAGAGAUCUAUUUAGCCCUAGGUGGAUUAAUUUGCAUCGCAAAACUCGCUAUACUUGAUGCACCGAGGACGCAACGCGGCUUGAAAUUGUCUCCCGAGCGCGAGUCAGGUGUACUACCGUGCAAUAUACUCUUUAUGAUUAUUGCCCUCUUCAGCGAAUGGCUGCAUCGUAGCGAACACUUAUCCGAUAGAGAGGACAUCCGAGUAUCCAAGAGGCAAACGUUCAUGCAGAUCUCAAACUCGAUCCCCUAGAGUUUGGAUCGUUGCUUCCAAUCGUCUACUAAUACGUAUAAUAAUUUUAAUCGAGGCGACGUGGACGAACGUAAGCAUUUCUUCUGCUUUUUAACGUAGACCGGUGUAUAACUACAGCUGUAAGAAAUGUAGAAUGUACGAGGCGCAUCACUGAAACUAACGUAGUUGACAGCAUGUGGAAACGCUAUGUGUAA